GGGUGCAGGAGCGCAGCCCGGCGGUGUCUGAGCGGCGGUCAUUGUUCGUUGCGGCGCAGCGAUGAGGGGCGACCGAGGCAGAGGCCGUGGCGGACGCUUUGGUUCCAGGUUCCGGCCCUUUGUGCCGCACAUCCCCUUUGAUUUCUAUGUCUGUGAGAUGGCUUUCCCUCGGGUGAAGCCUGCAGCUGAUGAGAGCGCAUUCAGCGAAGCCUUGCUGAAAAGGAACCAGGAUUUGGCACCGACUGCUGCAGAACAGGCUUCUAUCCUUUCUCUGGUGACCAAAAUUAACAACGUGAUCGAUAACCUCAUUGUAGCGCCGGGCACUUUUGAGGUGCAAAUCGAGGAGGUUCGCCAGGUCGGCUCCUACAAGAAGGGCACCAUGACGACGGGGCACAACGUGGCCGAUCUGGUUGUCAUCCUGAAAAUCUUACCCACCUUGGAAGCUGUGGCAGCCCUGGGAAACAAAGUAGUGGAAAGCCUGAGAGCGCAGGACCCCAGCGAAGUCCUCACCAUGCUGACCAACGAAACUGGCUUUGAGAUCAGCUCAGCCGACGCGACGGUGAAGAUCCUCAUCACCACGGUGCCGCCCAACCUCCGCAAGCUGGACCCUGAGCUGCACUUGGACAUCAAAGUGCUGCAGAGCGCCCUGGCCGCCAUCAGACACGCUCGGUGGUUUGAAGAGAACGCUUCUCAGUCCACGGUGAAGGUCUUAAUCCGGCUGCUGAAGGACCUGAGGAUUCGGUUCCCUGGCUUUGAGCCCCUCACCCCCUGGAUUCUGGAUUUGCUGGGGCACUACGCCGUGAUGAACAACCCCACCAGGCAGCCCCUGGCUCUCAACAUCGCCUACAGGCGCUGCCUUCAGAUCCUGGCUGCUGGGCUCUUCCUUCCCGGAUCCGUCGGU